AUGGAUUUGUGUUUUCCAGUCAUCUCUGCUGCCAAGGAUGCGAUCACUAGUCCAGAAGCAGUGAGUGGCGUGGAGCGGGGUUCACUGACUGUGCAGUGUCACUAUGACGGGCAAUGGGAGACCCAUAGGAAGUGGUGGUGUCGAGGAGCUAUUUGGAAAAGCUGCAAGACCCUUGUUAAAACCGCUGGAUCAGAGCAGAUGGUGAAGAUGGACCAUGUGUCCAUCAGGGAUGAUCAGAAAAACCACACGUUCACUGUGACCAUGGAGGAUCUGAGGAUAGAUGACGCUGACACUUACUGGUGUGGAAUUGAGAGAACUGGAAUUGACCUUGGGGUCAAAGUUAAAGUGACCAUUGAUCCAGCGACAGUCACCCAGGAAGAGACCGAAGGCUUCUCGACUUUGACCAGACACUACCCCAGGAGUGGCCACAUGAAGCUCAGCAUCCUCAUUCCCCUCACCUUUGCCGUGUUGCUGCUUCUCUUGGUUGUGGCCUCACUGUUGGCUUGGAGGAUGCUGAAGCGACAGAAGAAGGCUGCUGGGAUAUCUCCAGAGCAGCCCCUGGAGAGUGACCUCUGCUAUGCAAACCUGACCCUGCAGCAGACUGGAAGGUCCCCCGGCCCCUCCCAGAAGAAGGUCCCCACAGAGCCCUCCUCCUCUGCCCAGGCUGGCCAGGCAGAAGUGGAAUAUGUCUCCAUGGCUUCCUUUCCGGGGGAGGAAGUUCCCUAUGUGUCACUGUCUUUGGACAACUUGGAUCAGGAGCCAACCUACAGCAACACGAGCCAUCUCAUCAACUACACCCCUGGCAGGGACCACGAGGAGCCCACAGAAUACAGCGCCAUCAGGCGGCUGUAGCCUGUACUCCAGGCCUCCCUCUCAGACCCCACAUGAGGCCUGUGGGCACAGUACUUGCACCAGGACCCACCAGAGACUGAGGCUUCUGCCUCAUCAGCCAGCACAGCCCCUGGCUCUGUUUUGGGCUUGGGUCUUAGCCUCAGGGGGCUUCUGGGAGUUGGGGGUCUCUCCACAUCCCCUCCUCUCCCACAUAGCUUGGGAGGGGUCUGGGGACAUGCCCUGGGGCUGAUGUGGGAAUAAUAACAAUAUGAUAAUAGUAAUUAACCUUUAUUUAUUGCUUACCAUGUGUGGUGAGCUGAAUAAUGGCCCCAAAGAUCACUGUGUCCUAAUCCCCGGGACCUGUGAGUGUUACCUUAUAUGGCAAAAGGGAUGGUGCAGGUGUGAUUAUGUUAAGGAUUUUGAGAUGGGGGGAUUAUCUAGGUCUGCCCAAAUAUGAUCACAAGGGUCUUUAUACGAAGGUGGCAGGAAACAGAAGGCAAUGUGGUGACGGAAGUGGAGGUUGGAGGGAUGUGGAUGGGAGCCAAGGCAUGCCACUGCCUCUAUAAGCUGGAAAAGGCAAGGAAUGGAUUCUCCCCUGGAGCCUCUGAAAGGAGCCAGCUCUGCUAACACCCUGCCUUGAGCCCUGUGAAACUGACCCUGUACUUCUGGCCUCCAGAACUGUAGGAGAAUAAAUUUGUAUUGUUUUUAAUGAA